AUGAGGCCAUUUACCGCAGUCGCUGCGCUCUGCGGGCUGCUGUUCUCAAGCAGCUUAGUAUGCGCCGACUCCUCGACCAGCUCGCGAGUCGCCUUACCCGCAGACUUCAAGCCCCAGCAGGUAUUCAAAAAUGUGAAUCUGGUCCGGAAUACCAAUUUGGAGAAGGGAUAUGUUCGAGAAACCGUCAAUGUUGUCGUUGAGAAUGUCGAUAAACAACCCCAGAGCGACUACUACAUACCGUUCCCAUCGGACGUCUUUGGCAAGGUUGGGGGAUUAGAAGUGAGGGACAAGAAGGCACCAGGGAAGGGCAGAUUUACAGUUGAAGCUCUGGAAGUCGAGCCACCAAGCGACUACCAGUACUUUGUCGUUCACUUCCCCGAGCCACUUGCGCCGUCCUCUCAAAUCACAUUGGGAAUCUCAUACUUCCUCCUCAACUCUCUCACUCCACGCCCCGCCGCCAUCGGCCAAGCUGACAAACAAUAUCUCACCUAUUCUUUCUCCGCUUAUACUCCGUCUGCAUAUCAAACGGUGACUCAGAAGACCAAGGUUAAAUUCCCCAGUAACAACGUGCCCGACUACACAACCACUUCCGGCUUGAAGUCCGGUUCCGAUCCCGAGCGUCAGGGCAGCACCUACACUUACGGUCCCUACGAUACGGCCAAGGUUGCUCCAGGAACUACUUACCCUAUCACUGUGCGCUACGAAUUCACCAAACCCGUGAUCACCGCGUCCUUGUUGGAGCGGGACCUGGAGGUCUCCCACUGGGGUGGAAACCUGGCGACGGAAGAGCGGUACUGGCUCCGCAACAAUGCCUCCAUGCUCUCGAAGCAAUUCUCUCGCGUGGAGUGGACUUUGACCAGCUACCAGCAAUUGCCGUCUUCGGCGGUCCGUGAACUCAAGUAUCCUCUCAAGCCUGGUUCGGUCGAUCCGUACUUCAUCGAUGACAUUGGCAAUGUUUCUACGAGCCGCUACCGGCCUGGACAGCCCCCCAAACGGGAAGGAUCUCUGGAGCUUCGUCCUCGUUUUCCAAUCUUCGGUGGCUGGAAUUACAGCUUCCGCAUUGGCUGGAACGAUGAGCUCUCCACUUAUCUGCGUAAGGCAGCUACCGGCGCCGACUCCUAUGUGCUGAAGGUCCCUUUCAUCGAGGGAUUCAAGGUGCCUGAGGGAGCUCAGUACGAGAAGGUCGUUGUCAGAGUGAUCCUCCCCGAGGGCGCGCGAAACGUCCGGUAUCAGGUUCUGGAGGGAGCUUCCAGCAGUGGCCUCCCUGGCUCGAGCCAGAUCCAAUCUCACAUUUCCAAGCAGAAGACCUACAUGGACACUUUGGGCCGCACAGUGCUGACCCUGACGGUCGAGAACCUCUCGGACGAGGCUCGCGAUUCUCAGAUAGUGGUUACUUACGAUCACACAUUCUGGGACGGCUUGCGCAAGCCCUUCACCAUCACUGCUGGAAUGUUCGCUGUCUUCGUUACCGCGUGGCUGAUCGGAAAUCUUGAUGUCAGCAUCAAGAAGCGAUGA